GCAGCUUCAAACAAAUCCAUAGGAAACCUAAUUGCUACAGAGGAUCACACCUAAACUCUAGUUCUAUGAAUGCUGGGGAUGAACAAUCAAUAUAUCCGUCGGGAAGUCUUUUGCUGUGAAACUUGUCAUGAGCUCAAAAGUUUCUGGGAAAAAGAAAUUAGCAAACAGACUUGUUACAGGGAACUGGAGGAAGAUCGUCAGGGAAGGAGCGCCCUGAGAAAGCGGAACAGCAGAUUACUGCCGAUGGUGCUUAUCAGAUGGUUCCUAUUACAUGCGAAUCAUGAGGUCUCCUGAGAGAAGAGUAUUGGGAGAGUCAAUCUGCCAAGAACCCUGAAUAUCCCUGCACAUUCUGUCUGGCUGUAACAAGAAUAUAAGGUCUUGACUAUUCUUUAUGAAAGCAUGUCUCAUGGCUAUAGGUACAGCAAGCGACCUGGAGAGGUGAAAUACUAUUAUCCCACAGAAAAAAAGAUUUACUACUGUUCACUGUAAAAAAAAAAAAAAAAAAAAAAAAAAAA